AUGCCAAGAACUGCCGACGUACCCAUUCCUGACUUUCCUCAAAACCCCUAUCCGAUAACCACCGAGUUCUGCGACAUAGUUUGCGGGUUCGGCCGCGGGUCUUCUGAAUUGGGUGUUCCUACGGCAAACGUGCUAUUUGAACAAGUCCCUAAGGUGGUGGAAAGCCUACCUCUCGGCGUCUUUUUCGGAUUUGCAAGACUGGUGCAAGCGAAAAAAGGCUCUAAGAGAACGCUUCGGAGGCCGGACGGAUCUCAUGUUGAUUUUAACUUUGGACAAUCUCUUUCAGAUGAGGAAAUGCAAGUUUGGCCUGUUGUACUUUCGAUUGGCCUCAAUCCCUUCUACCAAAACGAUACAAAGACUGUGGAGCUGCACAUUAUACACAAGUUUGGACAUGACUUCUACGGUGCCAAAGUCAAAUUCAACAUAUUAGGCUACAUUAGGCCCGAACUCGAUUACACGACCAAAGAGGCCCUGAUAAAAGACAUUAAAACCGACAUAAAAAUAGCGACCAACACCUUGGCAAAACCAGGGUACAAAGCCUAUAAUAAGUUAUGA